CGUCAAUCAAUGUUAUCUUGUCAAAAGUUGUGUGUGGUUGGUUUUCGUUUUGUAAAAACAAUUUUAUUGAAUUUAUGUUAUGUGCUCUUGAUCAAAAAUAAUGAGACGAUACAAAUACUGUUUUCUUAAUAGCUCACCAUAAAAUAUUUCCAUCGUGUACUUCCUAUUUAGUCAUAAUGCUGCCCUGUUUACUUAUUGUAGUUUUAGUGCUCAUCGAAUCCUCAUUCGGCUUUUCCGAUGUCGGAAAAUGGGAUAUACCUUUAAGCGGGGACUCUUGUGGAUUUCAUUUGGAGAAAUCUCUUUUCAAGGGUGCAAAAGUAAUAGGAUCACUUACAAUACACUGUGAUGCUGUCCAAGCCACAAAUAUCACCGUCAGCUACCAAUGGGCACCCACUAUGUGCUCACCAGACUACUUUCAUUAUUUUGAAAAAAGUGUAGUAGAAUGCCCGAGUCAUAUCGACAGGUUCUCAUUCACAGCACAGAACAUUACUUUUCCACAAGUGUUUAGUAAAGAGGAAACGCACACAUGUCUCAGCAAAAUAACUAUAAUAUUAGGUGAUGACAAAACUUCACUGGCUGGUGGAAAUGUACAGAAGCAGGAAAGUGAAAUUGAAACACUGUCUAAAAUCCCUCCAAUGAUAGUGGUAGACAAGGAGGGCAUCUACACAUUCUCUCUGACGGCUGCCAGCAGUAAGGCAUUCAACGGCACAGUCAGGGUGGAGAUGGUGUCUCCAUAUGGCUAUCUGUCUGCUGCUAUAUGGCCAUUGCUACCAUUCUUCGGCGUGAUGUGCGCAGUGUACACGGUGCUGUGCGCGAGCUGGCUGCUGGUGUGCGCGCUCAACUGGCGCGACCUGCUGCGCAUCCAGUACUGGAUCGGCGGCGUGGCUCUACUCGGCAUGGUCGAGAGCGCCACUUACUAUGGGGUUUACUCGUCUAUUAAUCGCACUGGAUACUUCAACUCGGAAGCGUACAUGUUCGCGGAGUGGGUGUCGGUGGCGAAGCGCGCGCUGGCCCGGAUGCUCGUCAUCAUCGUGUCGCUCGGCUUCGGCAUCGUCAAGCCGCGUCUGGGCCCGGCGCUGCAGCGCGUGGUCGGCACGGGGCUGCUCUGGGGGCUGCUCGGCGCCAUCGAGGCGUGGCUGCGGCUGCACCACAAGGCCGACGACAGCAACCGCGACCUGCUGCUGUCGGAGGCGCCACUGUCGCUGCUGGACAGCGGCAUCUGCUGGUGGGUGUUCGUCUCGCUCGCGCACACCAUGCGCACGCUGCAGCUGAGGAGAAACGCCAUAAAACUAUCCUUAUACAGACAUUUCACUAACACCCUAGUCUUUGCCGUCAUAUCAUCAGUUAUAUUCAUGCUGUACUCUAUCAAAUCAUACAGAGUUCUGGCAUGCAUCACAGACUGGAAAGAGGUAUGGAUGGAUGAAGCUUAUUGGCACAUUCUGUUUGCGAGUGUGCUGACCGUCAUCAUGGUUUUGUGGCGGCCCACCAAUAACAACCAGCGGUACGCGUUCACGCCGCUCCUCGACAACGCUGAUGAUGAUGAUGAAGAGGAAGAGCAAUUCGUGAACGACGCGUACGGCGUGAAGAUGCGCGGCACAAGUUCGGGCGACUCCCACGAGGCCAAAGAGCUGCUGCCCGACCCCAACUCCCUGGAGACCGACCUGCGCUGGGUGGAGGAGAACAUACCCACCAGCACCCUCCCGCUGCUAGACUCCGAUGAGGAAAUCAUCAACACCAAGUUCGAAGUCUCCAAGAUGCAGUGAUGUGGAUGUAUUGUUGUGUAAUAUAUGUAUGUGUCAUGUGA